GCAACAUCACAUAAUACACACUAGUUGUCAUCACUAGCAACGGGAAGUAUUGCUCGGGACCGGAUAAAAUAGGCCGUUUUGUGCUUAUUCUCGACAUAAGUCACGAUGUAUCGAUCAUAUCAACCUAUCACUCCGGCUAGUAAUAAAUUAUUAAAGCAAAGAUGGGACGAUGCGUCUUUCGAAGAGCACAGAAGAAAGGUUGCUACAUCAAAAGCUGUUGUUGAUAAUAAACCACCAAAGACAUACAUGCAUCUUCACCUUAAAUUAAAGAAACUACAGAUUGAAGAAGAGCGUCUCGCUACAAUAGAAAGGGAUAAUAGAAUUUUACUUGAGAAAAUGUCACAGAUUAUGAGGACAAAAGGACGAGUUGAUAACUGGAAUGAUUACUCAGUAAAAAGUUUAAACAGAACAAAACGACAACAGGAGUUGCUUCGAGUUACACAUGAAAACCAGGCGAUUUUGAAACGAGUCUUAGCACAAAAACCCGUCUAUAAUCACGGAAAAUGGGAGGAGGAUUAUCUGGAAAAAGAAAGUUAUAUGGAAAGUAUUUCAAAAUACCCUAAAGAAUGGUACAAGAUAAGUUUUCAGAAGAAAAAAUCAAGAAAAAAUGGCGCUAAUAAAAAAUUGAAAUUGUCAUCAAAAGAUGGAAGAUCAUCAACUGAAGAUGACAAAUCAUCGUGUUCAACAAGUAUUAACAAAGAAGAAAAUGUGUUAAAAACGCCGCACCAUGGAAAGACUGUUCAUAAAAAGGACGGAGACAACGAAACAGCCCACGAAAAUCUUACCAAAUAUGAUGACGAGAAAGCAGAAAUUGCAGACAACAAGAAGUCGGAUGAAGAAAACGAGAAACAAAAUGAUAAAAAAUCAAAUGAUUUUAUAACAAAUCCAGAACAAACGGAAGAAAAAUCACACGGUAAUACAGAAACAGAUGAGAAAGAAAAGAAAACAGAAAAUCCAUUAAAACAAAAUGAGAAAAUAGGCAACGAGGAAAAAGCACUAGAAGCAGAUGACGAAUUAUCUAAUGAGAUAUAGAGAUGAACAACAUAGUUAAAGAUGCUACAUAUGACCAAAAGAAAAUGAUAUUGAUUACUUAUCACAAAACUUAUAUAUACAUCUUAAAUUGACGCUUUGUACAUUUUAUGACUAUUUUUUUGUAUUAUGCUUAUGUUUAUGUUUCAAAUGUUGUCAAUAAUUUAUAAAAUCUUGACAUAGGGUUAUCGUUUCCUAAUAAAAAAGCUUCAUCGAAAUUUUA